GGGGGCGGAGGCGGGAGCCCCAGUGGAUGCGGAGAGCCCGCAGCAGUCCGGCCAGCGUGCUUGGGGCAGUGGAGCGGUGAAGGAUUGGGAGACCCCUGAAGAUCAGCGGGACUCGAUACCAACACCGGCCUGAGAGACCUUGGUGCUCGGGGCGCUACGAGUUUCCUUGCGCCCGUGGGGAGCGCGCCCAGGGUUCGCCGAUGGCCAGGACUCUGGGCCUCGAUCCUGGGGGCCUCUCGGGGAUUUGUUACCUUCUUGGCACCCUUCUAGCCGGACUGCUUUCCCCGGGGGCUGUCGCCUUCAAUCUGGAUGUGAUGGGCGCCCUGCGCAAGGAGGGCCAGCCGGGGAGCCUCUUCGGCUUCUCUGUGGCUCUGCACCGGCAGUUACAGCCCCGACCCCAGAGCUGGCUGCUGGUGGGUGCCCCCCAGGCCCUGGCUCUGCCUGGGCAGCAGGCGAACCGCACCGGAGGUCUCUUCGCUUGCCCCCUGAGCCUGGAGGAGACUGACUGCUACAGAGUGGACAUUGAUCAGGGAGCUGAUGUGCAGAAGGAGAGCAAGGAGAACCAAUGGCUGGGAGUGAGUGUUCGGAGCCAGGGGCCUGGAGGCAAAAUUGUGACCUGCGCACACAGAUAUGAGGCAAGGCAGCGAGUAGGCCAAAUCCUGGAGACGAGGGACGUGAUUGGUCGCUGCUUCGUGCUGAGCCAGGACCUGGCCACCCACGACGACUUGGAUGGUGGCGAGUGGAAGUUCUGUGAGGGGCGUCCCCAGGGCCAUGAACAAUUUGGGUUCUGCCAGCAGGGAGCUGCCGCUGCCUUCUCCCCCGACAGCCACUACCUCCUCUUUGGGGCCCCCGGGACCUAUAACUGGAAGGGCACCGCCAGGGUGGAGCUCUGUGCGCAGGGCUCAGCGGACCUGGCCCACCUGGACGACGGGCCCUACGAGGCGGGGGGGUUGCUCUUUGUGACCAACAUUGAUAGCUCAGACCCUGACCAGCUGGUGUAUAAAACUUUGGACCCCGCUGACCGGCUCCCCGGACCAGCCGGAGACUUGGCCCUGAAUAGCUACUUAGGUUUCUCCAUCGACUCGGGGAAGGGUCUGGUGCGUGCAGAGGAGCUGAGCUUUGUGGCAGGGGCCCCCCGGGCCAACCACAAGGGGGCUGUGGUCAUUCUGCGCAAAGACAGUGCCAGUCGCCUGGUGCCCGAAGUGAUGCUGUCUGGCGAGGGCCUGACCUCUGGCUUUGGCUACUCGCUGGCUGUAGCUGAUCUGAACAAUGACGGUUGGGCAGACCUGAUAGUGGGUGCUCCCUACUUCUUUGAGCGCCAAGAAGAGCUGGGGGGUGCUGUGUAUGUGUACCUGAACCAAGGGGGUCACUGGGCUGGGGUCUCCCCUCUUCGGCUCAGCGGCACCCCCGACUCCAUGUUUGGGAUCAGUCUGGCUGUCCUUGGGGACCUCAACCAAGAUGGCUUCCCAGAUUUUGCAGUGGGCGCUCCCUUUGAUGGGGACGGGAAAGUCUUUAUCUACCACGGGAGCAGCCUGGGGGUUGUUGUCAAACCUUCCCAGGUGCUGGAGGGCGAGGCCGUGAGUGUAAAGAGCUUUGGCUACUCUCUGUCGGGCGGCCUGGACGUGGACGGGAACCAUUACCCUGACCUGCUGGUGGGCUCCCUGGCCGACACUGCAGUGCUCUUCAGGGCCAGACCUGUCCUCCAUGUCUCCCAUGAGGUCUCCAUUUCUCCACGAGCCAUCGACCUAGAACAGCCCAACUGUGCUGGUGGCCACUUGGUUUGUGUGGACCUAAGGGUUUGUUUCAGCUACAUUGCAACCCCCAGCAGCUACAGCCCUAUUGUGGCCCUGGAUUAUGUGCUAGACGGGGACACAGACCGCAGGCUCCGGGGCCAGGUUCCCCGGGUGACCUUCCUGAGCCGUGGCCCCGAUGACCCUAAGCACCAGGCCUCAGGCACCGUGUGGCUGAAACACCAGCAUGACCGAGUCUGUGGAGACACCACAUUUCAGUUACAGGAGAAUGUUAAAGACAAGCUUCGGGCCAUUGUGGUGACCCUUUCCUAUAGUCUCCAGACCCCCCGGCUCCGGCGACAGGUUCCUGGCCAGGGGCUUCUCCCAGUAGCCCCCAUUCUCAAUGCCCACCAGCCCAGCACCCAGCGGGCAGAGAUCCACUUCCUGAAGCAAGGCUGUGGUGAAGAUAAGAUCUGUCAGAGCAAUCUACAGCUGGUCCAUGCCCGCUUCUGUGCCCGGGUCAGCGACAUGGAGUUCCAGCCUCUGCCCAUGGAUGCCGAUGGGACAACAGCCCUGUUUGCGUUGAGUGGGCAGCCAUUCAUUGGCCUGGAGCUGAAGGUCACUAAUCUGCCCUCGGACCCAGCACAGCCCCAGGCUGAUGGGGAUGAUGCCCAUGAAGCACAGCUCCUGGUCAGCCUCCCAGCCUCUCUGCACUACUCAGGAGUGCGGGCCCUGGACUCUGUGGAGAAGCCACUGUGCGUGUCCAAUGAGAAUGCCUCCCAUGUCGAGUGUGAGCUGGGGAACCCUAUGAAGAGAGGUGCCCAGAUCACCUUCUACCUCAUCCUCAGCACCUCAGGGAUCACCAUUGAGACUACGGAGUUGGAGGUGGAGCUGCUGCUGGCCACGAUCAGCGAGCAGGAGCUACAUCCAGUCUCUGCUCGGGCCCGUGUCUUCAUUGAGCUGCCGCUGUCCAUCACGGGGGUGGCCAUUCCCCAGCAGCUCUUCUUCUCUGGCGUUGUGCGGGGUGAAAGUGCCAUGCGAUCUGAACGGGAUGUAGGCAGCAAGGUCAAGUAUGAGGUCACGGUCUCCAACCAGGGCCAGUCACUCAACACCCUUGGCUCUGCCUUCCUCAACAUCAUGUGGCCCCACGAGAUUGCCAACGGGAAGUGGCUGCUGUACCCCAUGCGGGUGGAGCUGGAGGGCGGGCAGGGGCCUGGGCAGAAGGGGCUUUGUUCCCCCAGGCCCAACAUCCUCCACCUGGAUGUGGACAGCAGGGACAGGAGGCGUCGAGAGCUGGAGCAGCAAGAGCAGCAGGAGCCUCCUGAGCAGCGGGAGCCUAGCACGUCCUGGUGGCCCGUGUCCUCUGCUGAGAAGAAGAAGAACAUCACCCUGGACUGUGACCGGGGCACGGCCAAUUGCGUGUUGUUCAGCUGCCCACUCUACAGCUUUGACCGAGCAGCUGUGCUGCAUGUCUGGGGCCGCCUCUGGAACAGCACCUUCCUGGAGGAGUACUCAGCUGUGAAGUCCCUGGAAGUGAUUGUUAGAGCCAACAUCACCGUGAAGUCCUCCAUCAAGAACCUGCUACUCAGAGAUGCCUCCACAGUGAUCCCAGUGAUGGUGUACUUGGAUCCGGUGGCCGUGGUAGCAGAGGGAGUCCCCUGGUGGGUCAUCCUCCUGGCUGUACUGGCAGGGCUGCUGGUGCUGGCGCUGCUGGUGCUGCUGAUGUGGAAGAUGGGAUUCUUUAAGCGGGCGCGGUACCCUGAGGCCACCGUGCCCCAGUACCAUGCGGUGAAGAUCCCUCGGGAAGACCGACAGCAGUUCAAGGAGGAAAAGACGGGCACCAUUCUGAGGAGCAACUGGGGCAGCCCCCGGAGGGAGGGUCCCGACGCACACCCCAUCCUGGCUGCUGACGGGCACCCUGAGCUGGGCUCUGAUGGUCACCCUGCGCCAGGCACUGUCUAGCUUCCCCUGUCCCAGCCUGGCCUAUGUGUCCCCUCCAUCCCUUCCCCAGAGACGGCUCCUCGGGAUGAAGAUGGUAGAGUGGGCUGCUGUUGUCCCACCAGGAUUUUGCAGGAUCUGUUUUCUCAGGGGCAUAGACCACUCCCUCCAGGAGGAGCAUGCCCGAACCUCCCUUUAGAAUGCUGUGAGAUGAGAGGGGUAAAUCAGGGAUGGGGUUGUAGGAGAGGGUGAGAAGGGCAGCUAUGUCCUGAUGCAGGGGUUAGGAGAGGAGACCCUAAUCUCUCCCGCUCCGGUUCACCCAGUGUAGCAGGACCCCAAGGACCUAUCUCCCCAAAAGUGCCUUAGCCCAUAGGGUUGGGGAGGAGGUUGCAUUGCUGAUUCAGGGGCUCUUACCUCCCUAAUUUCCUUUCUCCUCUACCUUAGUUUGCUGCAUCAGUCUAGCGGAUUUUGUUUAUUUAUUAAAAAAAUAUUUGAGAACCAA